CAUCACAGUAAAUCAUUACACGGUCGAACAGUUACAUCAUCCAUUCCAUUCUGUUAAUGACAGUAGCCAACAUGAAACAACAAUCCAGGAACAUGAAACCAAUUGUAACAUCAAGAAGCAGAGAGGGGAAGGAGAGGUUCUAUUCUAUUGAAAAGAUGCCAAUCAAAUCUUUCACAAGCAUGCAUCAAUACAUAGCACAAACAACCUCCCCUCACUAGUUAAGAACAGAAACCUUAUAGGGAGG